GGUGCGAACUGGUCAGAUCUGGGGGGAUGCGAUAGUUUGAUAGAAGAGUUAAACGACAGAAUUAUAUUACCCCUUAAAAUUACUAACGAACACCAGUCGUUGGUGCGUGCCUCUGCGUUGCUAUCGCCUCCGAAGGGUGUAUUGCUGUACGGACCGCCGGGGUGUGGUAAGACGUUGAUAGCGAAGGCGUUGGCUCGAGCUGCUGAGGCGACGUUUAUUAAUUUACAGAUAUCGAUUUUGACUGAUAAGUGGUAUGGGGAGUCGCAGAAAUUAGCUGCGGCCGUGUUCUCGUUGGCAGAGAAGUUUCAACCGACGAUUAUUUUUAUUGAUGAAAUAGGUGAGGAUUGGGGAUGA